GCGGUUUCAUUCGACGGUUGGAAGCCGCGGCUAUCAGUGAUCCCAAACUUUCUGACAGUUUACUGUGAAGUUUAAGUUCAAGGACUUGUAAUUGUGUAUUACAGGUGAGGGCGUCCAUUUCCCAGACUCGUGCGCAGGCAGUGGGCGGGCGCCGACCGCGGACUCAGUUAGAGACAGGCAUCGACGCCGCUCGCACGAAUCUGAACGCCGCACAAGCGCUGAACGAACGACUGAAAGAUGGCCACCGGCCCGAAGAUAGUGCACAAGCAGUUCAACUCGCCCAUCGGGCUCUACUCCCAGCAGAACAUCAAGGAGACGCUCACCAAGCACAUGCAGAACCUUGGCAAUGGCACCGUCGGGAUUGACUUCAACGACCCGAUCACAGACAAGCCCGCGAACUUGGCAAACUCUGCCGUUUUGCGCAUGCUUGAAGAAGAAGAACGCAAUCGUAGAGGAGGACGCCCUAACUUAGACCCAAGCCAAGUGUGGGCUAUCAAGAAGAACAUGGUUCACAUGAGCCAUCCGUUUGACAACUACUGGCCUCCUGAUAGAUCGAGGAUGCGAUCAGCUCGAAGCUGGGACGGUCAGCUCAACGCCACCGGGAAUGUAUAUUCAGAGUUCUUGAAGGCCACUAAAGGCCAGAAGAAAGUAGUGUGGCCACCUGUGCCCGAAACGAACGGAUAUCAUCAAACACCACAGCAACAGUCACCUGCGUUCUACAACAACGCGCAGCAAUCCCCAGCUUCUCCACAGCCUCAGUACCAGCCCCAACAACAACCACAGUACCAACAACAACCACAAUACCAACAACAGCCCCAAUAUCAGCAACCCCAAUAUCAGCAACCCCAAUACCAACAACCCCAGUAUCAGCAACCCCAGUACCAACAACCCCAAUCCCAGUACCAACCUCAACCCCAGUAUCAACAACCCCAAUACCAACAACAGCCUCAGUACCAACAGCAAGCUCCCGAAUCGGAUCCUUCGUUCUGUGAAGGCCGACGACAGGAAGCCACAGGGCUGAGUAAGCUGAUUCCCGUCGGUCCAGGCGUUACCGCAUCCCCUGCUUCCUACCGGCCAGGCCCACCGUCACCAGGCGUCGCGCAGCCCUAUCGCCCCGGACAAAGCCGCUGGGCACCAGUACCAGCCCCUCUUUCCCCUCAGACUCAAGGAUCGCAGCCGGGGUACCCGUCGCAGCCACAGUUAUCGCCGAGCCAGUACUCGCCACAGCCUCAGUACUCCUCCGUCAGUCCGUCGUACUCGGAGCCCCAGUACCAGGCUCCACAGAAGAACUACGAGCCCCCACCAGCGACGAUCACUCUUCGUCAACAACAACCAGUCCACCAGAAACCUCCUCCGGUUUUCCCUAGUCAACCCGCCACAGCUUCUUAUCAAGGAGGCUCCAACAUGCGUGGGGAUCAGAAGUGGCCACCACAGUCCGUGAAGGAGGCAGUAGCCGCUGAGAAUGAAGCCAGAAGACAGCUGGCAAGGGGACCUGCUUGCAGACCUCGCAAGGUAAAGAAGGACUAUGGUUCUUUCUUCGCGCAGCACGCCCUGAACAACAACUACCCAGGGUACCGCGCGCCACCCGGCACACAACACUAUGAGGACCACUCCGGCCGAUCUUCAUACUAAAUUAGAUCUUAGUACUAACUACAUCCCUCAUGAAAUGAAUAUUAGUCUGACAUCAGUCUUCAACUGUGAAUUUUCACAUGAGAAUUUGUUGACGUCACUCAUGCCCGAGUCUAGUGUCUACUCGCCCUUAAUUAAAGACAGCAUUUUGUAACGUCAACAAAAGUAGAUAUCAUCUCAUCAAAGUAAACAUCAAUCAAUUUAAUUGAUUCGCUAAAAGCGGAAACGCCGGGAUUUCGAGUACUUGUAUAGACUUUAGGUAUUAAAGUCUUGUCGCAUGUACGAAUUGGAUUUUAAUCAGUACUUAAUUGUAGGAUUAAUUUAUUUUAACCAUUAUAUAGUAUGUAAGUAAAAUAUACUCAUAAAAAAUAUAAAAGUAACAUUAUCAUGUUCACAAAUCGCCUAAAAAUUGUCUCAUUUUCUUUCAUCCUCAUUGUUUUCUAAAGUGCGGCUUUAUACAUUGCGAACGUACCCGAAGUUGCUUAACAAUGUAACUGUAAAUAAUGCUCAACUACCAAUGCUAUAAACAGAUUUUUAAACUCGAGUUAAUUUAUAAAAACUUGAUGCAGUUAAGCCCAGAAUGUGUUUAUAAUAUUGGAUAUUUAUAAAUUGAAUGCUUCCGCCAACGUAAACAUUAACAAUUGGCUAAGCUUAUUGUACCUACCUAGUCAUGAAGAGAUUAUACGAAUAUUUUGUAUAUAAAAAGUUAUCUAAAUGGCCUUAUUGAUUUGGUAUAUCAUUAUGUAAUUAUAUUUUAAAUUA